AGGAUUCACAAUCGAAUAAGAAGAGGUGGCCGCCGGCGGUGCGGCAGCGAACGCCCAUGGAGACGGUGACCCUCCGCCGGUUCGAGCUCUCCGACGUGGACGCCAUGAUGGCGUGGGCGUCGGACCCCGAGGUGGCCGCCUUCUGCCGGUGGGAGCCGUACGAGUCGACGGAGCCCCUGCUCGCCUACCUCCGCGACACCGUGCUGCCGCACCCGUGGUUCCGCGCCAUCUGCCUCGCCGGCGGCGACCGCCCCGUCGGCGCGGUGUCCCUGGCGCCGACGGAGGACGCGUGCCGCGGGGAGCUCGGGUACGUGGUGGCGCGCGCGCACUGGGGCAAGGGCGUGGCGACGGCGGCGGUGAGGCGCGCGGUCGCCGCGGUGUUCGGCGGCGAGGUGGAGGGGCUGGCGCGCGUGGAGGCGCUCGUCGACGUUGACAACGCGGCGUCGCAGCGCGUGGUGGGGAAGGCCGGGUUCCGGCGGGAGGGCGUGCUCCGGCGACACUACUGGCACAAGGGCCGCGUCCGGGACUUGGUCAUGUACAGCUUCAUCUCCUCCGACCUUCUCACCUAGUAGAAAUCGCACUCUGGCAACGCAAUUCUCCUUUUCUUUUACCAAAUUUGGUAUUACGAGUAUCAAAUUUUACGUUAAAAUUUUAGUAUCUAUACCUACCUGAGUAGUACACUAAAAUUGUUCUAAUUUUAUUUAUAUAGAGUAUAAUCUACACCUCGAAUAAGAUAACUAAUCCGUUAAUUAGUUUAGAUUAAGUAUGAUCUAAUUAUCUAAAUAA